CAUGGGUAUACAGGGUAUACAGGGUAUACAGGGUAUACAGGGUAUACAGGGUAUACAGGGUAUACAGUAUACAAGGUAUACAUGGUAUACAGGGUAUACAGGAUAUACUGGGGGUAUACAGGGUAUACAGGGUAUACAGGGCAUAGGGUAUACUGGGUAUACAGGGUAUACAAGGGUAUACAGGGUAUACAGGGUAUACAGGGUAUACAUGGCAUACAGGGUAUACAGGGUAUACAUGGGUAUACAGGGUAUACAGGGUAUACAGGGCAUACAUGGGGUAUACAGGGUAUACAGGGUAUACAGGGUAUACAUGGGUAUACAGGGUAUACAGGGUAUACAUGGGUAUACAGGGUAUACAGGGUAUACAGGGUAUACAUGGGUAUACAUGGGUAUACAGGGUAUACAGGGCAUACAGGGUAUACAGGGUAUACAUGGGGCAUAUGGGUAUACAGGAUAUACAGGGUAUACAGGGUAUACAUGGGUAUACAGGGUAUACAUGGGUAUACAGGGUAUACAGGGUAUACAUGGGUAUACAGGGUAUACAGGGUAUACAUGGUAUACAUGGGUAUACAGGGUAUACAGGGUAUACAGGGUAUACAGGGUAUACUGGGGGUAUACAGGGUAUACAGGGUAUACAGGGUAUACAUACAGGGUAUACAGGGAUACAUGGGUAUACAUGGGUAUACAGGGUAUACAGGGUAUACUGGGGUACAUGGGUAUACAUACAGGGUAUACAGGGUAUACAGGGUAUACAUGGGUAUACAUGGGUAUACAGGGCAUACAGGGUAUACAGGGUAUAGGGCAUACAGGGUAUACAGGGCAUACAGGGUAUACAUGGGCAUACAGGGUAUACAGGGUAUACAGGGUAUACAGGGUAUACACAUACAGGGUAUACAGGGUGGGUAUACAGGGCAUACAGGGUAUACAGGGUAUACAGGGGUAUACAUACAUGGGUAUACAGGGUAUACAGGGUAUACAGGGUAUACAGGGCAUACAGGGUAUACAUGGGGUAUACAUGGGUAUACAGGGGUAUACAGGGUAUACAGGGUAUACAGGGUAUACAUGGGUAUACAGGGUAUACAGGGUAUACAUGGGUAUACAGGGUAUACAGGGUAUACAGGGUAUACAUGGGCAUAUACAUGGGUAUACAGGGUAUACAGGGUAUACAGGGUAUACAGGGUAUACAGGGUAUACAUAUGGGCAUACAGGGUAUACAUGGGUAUACAGGGUAUACAGGGUAUACAGGGUAUACAUGGGUAUACAGGGUAUAUACAGGGUAUACAGGGUAUACAGGGUAUACAUGGGUAUACAGGGUAUACAGGGUAUACAAGGUAUAUACAGGGUAUACAGGGUAUACAGGGUAUACAGGGUAUACAGGGUAUACUGGUACAUGGGUAUACAUGGGUAUACAGGGUAGGGUAUACAGGGUAUACAGGGUAUACAGGGUAUACAGGGUAUACAGGGUAUACAUGGGUAUACAGGGUAUACAUGGGUACAAGGCAUACAUGGGUAUACAGGGUAUACAGGGUAUACUGGGUAUGGGAGCAUGGGCAUACAUGGGUAUACAGGGCAUACAGGGUAUACAGGAUAUACAGGCAUACAGGGCAUACAGGGUAUACAUGGGUAUACAUGGUAUAUACAGGGUAUACAGGGCAUACAGGUAUACAUGGGUAUACAGGGUAUACAGGGGGGGUAUACAUGGGUAUACAUGGGCAUACAGGGUAUACAGGGUAUACAGGGU